AUGCCCAGGUUUGCUGCAGUGGCGGAGCUCCGUGGUGAUCAGCCUCUACCUUCCAACAAGGAACUCCUAAUAGGCCAAGUUACCGAGACUAUUAGCUCUCUACAGGAGACGGCUGGGGAGAGCUUGCGGCUUGCAACCGAAAGAUUUCAAGGGACCCGAGCGCAAACUGUUACGAAACUCGAUGAAGUGCGCUUACGUCUUGGGGAUGUUACGUCGACGGCAGCGGCCAAUGUGAGGACUCAGUCGGACUCCCUGGCGGCUACUGCUAAUGCUACUCUCGGGAAACUGCGAGAUAUGACGAGUGACCCGACCAGCUGGUGGGGGCAAGCUUCUACUGGCUUCAAGUCUGUGGCGACUCGAGUCCAGCAAGUAGUCACCUCGCAGAGUCCAGAUGGAACCUCCCAGUCUGUGGAGUCUGCUACUGAGGCCCCUCGGGAAUAUGCAGUGGAAGCCCCACCAAGUCUGAGCUUCGAUCGAGCACCUCUCCCUCCAGCAUUUGCACCGCCUCCUCAUGAAAGUACGAAUGAUAUUAAUGAGACGGAACGUAAGUGA